AACAUGUAUAUAGGUAACAGUUUAUAUUACAUAUUACUAGUACCUAGGACAAAAAUAAUCUCGGAGACGAUAAUUUCAUUGUAGUUAUAUCGAAGUACAUAUAAACGCAGAAAUUGUCAAAAUGGCAGAAGAAGAGAAGGCUGCUCAAACGACUUUGACCACUACUGAGAAAGUUGUCAAAACUAUCUUCUUAGUUUUAACAUGGGUUAUGAUUGGACUGUUUACCGAAAUAACUGGACCAACCCAAAAAGAUCUCAUCAUAAAAACAAAAUCGGACUAUGAAUUAGUAUCUCGUGCAACUUCUGGAAGGAGUGCAGGGUAUUUUAUAGGAGCAGUUAUAGGUGGACCUCUCGUUGACAAACUAGGACAUUAUUGUGAUUUGAUGAUUGCCGUUUGUCUGGACGGAGCAGCGAUAGCCACUGUAAUAGUACCUUAUUGUGGCAAUGUAUCUCUGUUAUGGUUUUUACUCGCACUUGGAGGUACAUUUGAAGGAGUAAUAAACAUAGCUGGACAGAAAAUAAUCCUUAAUAUUUGGCAAGAGAAAGCUACGGGACCAAUGCAUGUGCUUCAUUUUGGAUUUGGAAUGGGGUCGUUUAUUGUUCCACAAAUAUUGAAUCCUUUCCUGGCUGUUUUAUCACCAUCUUCAGACAAUAUGACAGAGACAGCCAAUAUAACGUCAGUUCCAUUCGUAUCACCAACCAUAGGCUCUAAUGAUACAGAAAUGUAUUUAAAAGAAUCGCGUAUUGAAACAGGAUAUUUGAUCAUAGGGAUUAUAGUCGCGUCCGUAUCAGUUGUGUUUUACAUAUAUCAAAUUUUCUUUCGACAAAUCGCUGGUGAAAGAAAGAUAUUAAAUGAUAAUGAUACAAUAGUAAAACAGAUAGUUAAGGUUGUUGAUCCCGCGACCUGCUCAAAGGGCGAUCGUUGGUUUGGGGUUCAAGUAUUUGUUCUUUUAUUCAUUUAUUUUUUCAAUCAGGUUGGUGGCGAUAGACUAUAUGGAAAGUUCAUUCGAAGUUACGCAAUUGAUAAACACCAAUUUUCCGGAGAUAAUGGUUCACUACUAAACACCGAAUUUUGGAUUAGUUUUGCCGUGGGUAGAUUUUUGGGUUUGUUUACUGGUAGAUAUAUACCUAUUAGAGUUCUUAUAUUAAUUGAAGUGUUUGGUACUUUUGUGACAGUAGUUCUCCUGGAAAUAUUCGCAAGGGAUAGUGAUCUCGCUUUAUGGAUAUUAACUGCAUCUAUGGGAUUUUUUGUUGCACCUCUUUUUCCAUCAGGUAUAGCGUGGGGAGAUUUCCACGUUGAAUUUACUGGCUUUGCGAUCACUUUCGUUCUAAUGGGUGGUGCUCUGGGUGGAAUGUCAUAUCUAUGGGUCAUUGGAUAUCUCUAUGAAUAUUAUGGUUAUGAUAUGUUUCUACAUCAAUUAGUUGUAUAUGCUAUAAUAAUGGUAUUUCUUACAAUCAUGCUGACUAUAGUAGGCAAGCGACAUGGAGGAAGAUUUGAGAGCAAAGUGUCCGAAGUCAACGUAAUUGAACUUGUCGCCAAAGAGAACAAAAUAUAUUGAUCUAAACCAUGAUAUCAAUGUCCAAAAUAUUGGUGAAAUCACUCCCAAAUUAGUCGGAUUAUAUUUAUAUAACAGUAUUCAUUUUUGGUAUCUACUUUAAUCGGUAAUGUGCUGACAAAAAUAAGAGAUCAAAUGUGUUAAGCAUGUUUAGUAACU